AUGCGGUGGCCUGCGUUGUUUCUACUCCCAGCAGUAGCUCUCGCCUACUGCCCUGAGUUUUUCAAGAAUCAGACAGCCUGCUCAUGUUUCGACUACCUGGACGGCUCUGUGAUUCGCUGCUCAGGUCAUGAAGGGCCAAUCAUGGUCGAGCAAAUGAAAAAGUCGCAUUUCGAAAUUAGAGAACUAACUUUGGAAAAUGCCAACAUCGUCGAGAUUGGACCUCGGGCUUUUAAAAAUCUCCGCAUAAAGAAAUUGGUUUUGGAUAAGAACCGCAUCAAAGCACUCCACAAGGACGCUUUUCGAGGACUAGAAAAUGUGCUACAGGAGCUUUCUAUCGCUCAAAACAAAUUGCCAGAGAUGCGCGAACGAACAGGCGCACUGAUGGAAUCAAGGUCGCCAGGGUCAGCGAAGCGCUGCGAAUUGGGCUUUACCCAGGUUCCAAGUGAUGCACUUGCUGGACUACGAGCACUCAACGUUUUGAGCCUCAAAUGCAAUAGAAUCGGAAACCUGACCGAGCCAGUAUUCAAUAAUUUAACAUCUCUGAUCGAUCUCAAUCUAUCCUGCAACGAUAUCUGCGAAGUUGCUCCAAACACGUUCGAUGGGGUUCGCGACACUCUACAAAAUCUUAUCCUCGAUAUGAACUGUUUGCAUAAAUUCCCCGCUGAAGCAGUGAAGAAUAUGGAAAGCCUGAUUGCUCUGCACCUCAAAUACAACAAGACCCUCCUGCAACAUGAGAGCAAGGUCAGUGAGGAUGAGCAAGACUAUCUACAAUCCCAAUUAACCUUUCUAAUUAAAGACCGUGUUACAAAAGCGAAAAAAGGCGAGGCGCAUAAUUACAAACUUAAUUGCGCUCGACGAAACUCCAUUGACACUAUUGAGGCGAAACAACUCACUAAUCUAUCCUCCUUAUCAAUGCUUUCCCUAAGCAGUAACAACAUCUCUUCAAUACACCCACAGGCACUUGAAAACACUCCAAACUUGCGUUAUGUUUACCUUGCCGAAAAUCAGCUCUAUAACUUUGAUGUUGGCACGAUGGCCCAAUUCAAGCAAACUCAGGUACUCGAUCUGGCAUUUAACAAGUUGUCAGAAAUAACGACAGAGACAUUCGCGGGACUAGAAAGUUUACAGCAUCUAAAUCUUGAGAGCAAUAACAUUAAGGUACAAUUCCUAGGAUUACUAUUAGCACCGAUUUUUGCGUAUGCAUUGCGCAAAUUUCAGUCAAUCGCUCCAGGAGCAUUCGCAGGAAUUCCUCUUUUACUUCUCUGGCUACCAAAUAACUGUCUCGAUACAAUCAGUCCUACAACAUUCCAAGGAGCAUUGUUCCUUCGCCAGCUUUCACUUGCCAAUAAUAACAUUAAAGAUAUUCAGCCUCUUUCUUUCAACCACCUAGCGAAUCUCCACACCAUAGACCUCGCAAACAACAAAAUUCAGUCUCUGCAGCAAGGCGCAAUCCAAGGAACUGAUCACCUUACCGUUCGCUUACAAGAAAACCCUAUGGUUUGCUCACAAGACGGUUUUCAUGUCAUGAACGGACCUCAAGCUAUUAAUCUGACAACAGAGCCAAACAAUAUUUGCAAAACUAACUGGCAUGACGAAACCCCUGACGUUUGUCCCAAGGCCCUUUCACGUCCCGCUCAGCCACCAUGCUGCAAUAGAAAGCCACCGACUACCACGGCAGCUCCAACAACAACAACAACUACUACUACUGAACCCUCAACGACAUCGUCUGAGGAAGAUACGACAACCUCUAAGGAAGAAAAAGAAAAGGAAGAAGAAGAAGAUGAGGAGGAAGAGAAGGAUGAGGACGAGGAAGAAGCCGAUGAGGAAAACGAGGAUGAAGAACACGGCGAAACAGAAGAGUCGGAAGUCACUCAUGACUCGUUCACAACUGAACCUACAACAACAACAACAACAACAACAACUACAGAACCCACAACAACCACUUCGAAGGUACCAAGAAGGAAGGUAAACAUGGAUCGAUUCUGGCGACUAUCGCACAGACCCGCAGCUGGUUCCCCGUAUUUGCGGCAUCAAACUGCGGCACCUGUGCAGCAGAGGCCAGAAGAGGAGGAAGUCGAAGAGGACGAAGAGGAAGAUGACGAAGGAGCGGAAGAUGUGAGUAAAACUGCGGCACCUGUGCAGCAGAGGCCAGAAGAGGAGGAAGUUGAAGAGGACGAAGAGGAAGAUGACGAAGGAGCAGAAGAUGUGAGUAAAGAAGAAGAAGAAGAAGAGGAGACCACGACACCCAAAGAAUCUCGCCGAAUCCCAGCAAGAAUACGUGAACGACAGAGGAUGCUCGGUAAGAUGCCACCAUGGCUGCGAACGCCAUCAAAAAACAAGAGUGAGCCAGAAGAGGACUUUAAUAAGGCAAGUUUCGUUGAUCUUGAUGAUGAUACUGAAACCGUGCAAAUCGACCAACACGCAAGACACUAG